AUGGUGCAUGCAGGCGACGCUGCCAACGUUAGGAUCCCGACGAUGAUGCUUGCUUCCAGGGACGAGCCGGUGGAUGAUGUAAAGAGGUACGAGGAGAACCUGAAGGUUGCCAAGCAUGUUGAGGUCUUCGGCGACCAGAUCCACGGCUUCAUGAGCGCGCGCGGAGAUCUCAAGGACGCGAAGGUGAAGGCCGAGUAUGAGAGAGGCUACAAGCUCGCUCUGUUUCCAUGA